AUGCCGACGCUUGUCACCGAUCGAUUCACCACUCUUGAUUAUAACGACUUGUCGAAUAAUCAUGUCUUUUUGAAGAGCUACACCAAUGGCGUCUUCGACUACAACAACAAUCAACAUGGCGGCCUUCACGACCACCAGCACGACGGUGCCAAUAACCAUGCCCAUGCUAGGCAGCUGAUUGGCAAUGCGCUUCGCGAGCGCGUCGAGAGCAUUGACCAUGAAUACUGCGAACCCGGCGAUGAGGACACCUUCUUUGUGGCUGAUCUCGGUGAGGUCUACCGCCAACACCUGCGCUGGAAGCUGAACCUGCCGCGCGUCAAGCCGUUCUAUGCUGUGAAGUGCAACCCCGACCAGAAGCUCCUUGAGCUGCUGUCCGCCCUCGGAACGGGUUUUGAUUGCGCCUCCAAGGCCGAGAUUGAGCAGGUUCUGAAGCUGAACGUCGAUCCGUCCCGUAUCAUCUAUGCCCAGCCCUGCAAGACCAACUCGUACCUCCGCUACGUCAAGAACAACGGCGUCCGUCAGAUGACCUUUGAUAACACUGACGAGCUCCGGAAGAUCGCGCGUUUGUACCCUGACGCUGAGCUCUUCCUGCGGAUCCUCACCGACGAUUCGUCCUCGCUGUGCCGUCUCAGCCUGAAGUUUGGAGCCUCGCUGGACUCCACCGAUGAGCUCCUGGCUCUCGCCAACGAACUGGGCCUGAAUGUCGUGGGUGUCAGCUUCCACGUCGGCUCAGGUGCUUCCGACCCGGCUGCGUUUCUCAAGGCCGUCCAGGAUGCCCACACAGUGUUCCAGCAGGCUGCUUCACACGGCUUCUCGCUUAAGACGCUGGAUGUCGGCGGAGGCUUCUGCAGCGACAACACUUUUGAGCAGAUGGCCGGUGUGCUACGUACCGCUCUCGAUGAGUACUUCCCCGCUCACUCCGGCAUCAACCUCAUUGCGGAGCCCGGCCGGUACUACGCGUCGACUGCCUUCACCAUUGCCUGCAACGUCAUCGCCCGGCGCAGCAUCGAGGAUAUCGCAGCCACCAGCUACAUGCUGUACGUCAACGAUGGCCUCUACGGCAACUUCAGCAGCAUCAUGUUUGACCACCAGCACCCUGUGGCCAAGAUUCUGCGCUCCGGAGGUCAUACCGUGUACGACACCCCCGCGGCUGAUGCCACCGAGGACGGCAUUGAGUACAGCAUCUGGGGCCCGACCUGCGACGGCAUCGACCGCAUCACCGAGAGCAUCCGGUUCCCGCAGCUGCUAGACGUUGGCGACUGGCUCUAUUUUGAGGACAUGGGCGCCUACACCAAGUGCUCGGCUACGACGUUCAACGGGUUUACCAACAAUCACGACGUCAUCUACGUGUGCAGCGAGCCCGGCGCCAAGGCGCUGCUGGAGCUGCAGUAG